AUGAAAUCGGGGAACAGACAGGUUCACGAGAAAGUGGGAAAGGAGCCGAGCGGGCACGGUUUCAACAAGAUCACCCUGACCAGGGACAACAAGGCCCACAACCCCCUCAUCAAUACUGGCUCCAUAUCACUGGCCAGCCUGUACCUACCUGAACACCCCAUGGCAGAGAGGUUCCAGUCAGCCAUGUCCAGAUAUCAGGCUCUUGUGAAGGGUUCUGGGGAGAUGCUCCACUUCAAUAACACUGUGUAUCUCUCGGAGCUUGAUAAUGGACACAGGAACUAUGCGAUUGGAUACUACUUGAAGAGUAAAGGUUGUUUGAAAGACAAGGUUAAUCUCAAAGAGACGCUGGAACUUUACUUUCAAAUGUGCUCUAUUGAGACAUCUAUUAGAAACGCAUCCGUAUUGGCAGCUGCCCUUGCAAACGGGGGACGGAACGUGUUCACGGGCGAGCAGAUCAUCUCGGAGCGUUCAGUCCAGAACAUGCUGUCCAUCAUGUUCAGCUGUGGAAUGUACGAUUACUCCGGAGAGUGGGCCUUCGAGGUGGGCAUUCCGGCCAAGUCGGGUGUGUCCGGGCUUAUCAUCGUGGUUAUCCCGGACGUCAUGGGACUAGCUCUGUGGAGCCCGCGAUUAGACAGCUACGGUAACUCAGUGAGAGGGGUCAAGUUCGCCAGGGAGAUGGUUAAGAAGUACUCUCAUGGCAGGAGCCAGAACGUGCUCCACCCCUUCAGCAACAGAAGUUUGACGGAGAGAGUCGUAAUCAGAACACCAAAACAUUCCAACCCUUCCCCGCCCGACCUCAUGUCCUGGACUUCACAGUACCGGGAAGCCGGAGGUACCACACCAGUGCUGCACCGUUAGCACACACCAGUACUGCACCUUUAGCACACACCAGUACUGCACCGUUAGCACACACCAGUGCUGCACCGUUAGCACACACCAGUGCUGCACCGUUAGCACACCACCACACUGCGCUGCUCAGGGGUGUGGCCAGAGGACUGAGAAUGUUUAGGAGAUAGGACAUUUAGGAAACAGCUCGUAAUUAAUUAAGGUUACUUUAAAUUGAUUAAGGACUUUUAAUUUAUCUUUGGUUAACAGAUCAUGACAGAGACAUUAUGGAUUAGUGAUUUAGCGGUUAAAGGACGGGAUUGCUGUGAAGUGUGCACACUACACAAAGCUUAAGCAACAUUCUAUUGGUGAGUGGUGACCACAUAGCGGUAGUUAAUAAUUUAUAAAUAUUAUGUUGCAGUGGUAACGUUCUUUUUCAACUAUUUUUAAGUAAGUCAGUCUAGUAAAGUAAUAAUCUUAUUUUUACACACCAAUGCCAUAUUAACAUGCCACAACAUGCCAUUAUAAUACGGUACCGCAUAUUAUGCCAAAACCUCUUAAGAGCUUUACAAUGAUCACAGAUUAUUCAACAGUAAAGUAGUGCGACUAUUUCACGAUAAAAGUUUAGGUUGUUUAAUGUUCAGUUAAAAGAAAAGUUCCUAGAAUGUUAACGACAUUUUCUGAACUUUCUGGUAAAUUCUUGACAGCAGCACUUGAACUACUUGACUUAAUAUCAUAUUAGGCACUUGCACUUGACAUAGCAGCCAGUAUACAUUAUCCAGUGUAGAUUGAAACAUUGCGAGUUGCGGCCUGAGCUUCUGAAUACUGAUUUGUUCAAUGAAUAAGAAUGUACGCCACACACGUAGAUCACUUUAUAAAUCAGUAAUGUAAGUAGAGGUGGGAGCAGCUAGUGUUACUAACAAUCAGCUAAUAACACUGGAUGCUGAUGGGAAGGAAAGCAUGUUUUUUGACACGUGACAGCAAUUAACCAACUAGUUAACUAAUUAACCAACUAGCAUCCAGUAUUGACCCAUCAAACCACUGAAUCACUGUCACCUGUCAACAAAAAUGCCUCCUCGACAGAAUCCAUAUCUAUAGAAGGUACACACUGCUAACUUAAUAAAUGACUUGAUUUAUCGCAAUCUUUCUUCUUAGUUUGAAUAAUAUAAUGUUAUCUACGCUGACUUGUACAUAUAGAGCACUGUAAAGUGUAAACGAGCUAUUAUAUCGCUGUAUUUUGGAUACGAAUGAUUAAUCACAGUUGCAACACAGCCGCAAAAAACUGGCUUCCAAAUGUCGAGAUUUUAAUGUAAUUUUAUCGCAAUUUCGAGCUUUUUGCGGCGGUGCUAUAGGAUGAAUGAUUUGGAUAGAUUAAUCUCCGGGUUCUAAGUUAUAUUAAAACUAUUGGCUAGUACCGGUUACCAAGCCGGAAAAGUUAAUGGUAAUCAUUUUUACAAGUAGACUUUUUUAACGAAGACGAGUGCUUUCUAAACUAUUUAAUAAUUAGCUUAUUCAUAUUAUGUUAUUUAUAUGUGCGAUUGUGUAAUAAAAUCGGUGAUUGAAGAUAUUAUUUAAAUAUAUUGUGUUAAAAGAUAGGAUUUUAUUUUCAGCUAGAUUGUAAAACGAAAAAUGUAACGCAAGAUCAACCACCAAGAAUGAUGGAUCAAGAAAAAUUAGGUAUAGCCUGACUGCUUGCGAUAUUUUAUAAUAAAUACUUUCGUUGUUAAAGCAUAGCUUCUUAAUUUGUAUAGCUUCUUAACUUUUUGUUGAACAUCGUAAAUUAUGUAAUAUUCUGUUUAAACGGGAGCACGACUUUUUAUUCCUCAACUUUUAUCCCACUGAAGUUUCUAACCCCGAUUUUAAGUCAAAAAAGUAUCCUCAUGCCUAAUUAAUAUUCCCUUAGCUCUAUACUAGUCUAUAGCUAGAUCAAGGUUCAACCUUGAUCACAUCUCCCUAGAGCCAAUUUAUAAAAGAAGAGGAGUAAAAGUCAGUACCGUGUCAUUAUUGUGUUACGUUCCUUUUUACAUCUUUAAA